CCUCUGAAGAAUGCUUCAAACCAGACCUACUGCAGGGAGUAGGGUACAAUACAGUCUGGUCUCCUCUGGCCCCUUCACCCUGCAGCAUGGGGAAGGACAAACUCCUUCAUCCAAGUCUUAUUCUCCUCCUUCUGAUCUUUUUGCCUACAGAUGCAUCAGUCUCUGGAAAACCACAGUAUAUGGUGCUUGUCCCCUCUCUGCUCCACACUGAGACCCCUGAGAAGGGCUGUGUCCUUCUGAGCCAUCUGAAUGAGACGGUGACAGUAAGAGCUUCCUUGGAAUCUCUCAGGGAGAAUAGGAGUCUCUUCACUGACCUGGUGGCCGAGAAGGACUUAUUCCACUGUGUCUCCUUCACUGUACCAAGAUCUUCAUCCAAUGAAGAGGUAAUGUUCCUCACUGUCCAAGUGAAAGGACCAACCCAAGAAUUCAAGAGGCGGACCACAGUGUUGGUUAAAAACCAUGAGAGCCUGGUCUUUGUCCAGACAGACAAACCCAUCUACAAACCAGGGCAGACAGUGAAGUUUCGUGUUGUAUCGCUGGAUGAAAAUUUUCACCCCCUGAAUGAGUUGAUUCCACUAGUAUACAUAGAGGACCCCAAAGGAAACCGCAUCACACAAUGGCAGAAACUCAAGUUAGAGAGUGGCCUCAAUCAAUUGACCUUUCCCCUCUCAUCAGAGCCAUUUCAGGGCUCCUAUAAUGUGGUGGUACAGAAGGAAUCAGGUGGAAGGACAGAGCACCCCUUCACCGUGGAGGAAUUUGUGCUUCCCAAGUUUGAAGUCCAAGUAACAAUGCCAAAGAUAAUUACUAUCUUGGAAGAAGCAGUGAAUGUGUCAGUGUGUGGCCUAUACACAUAUGGGAAGCCAGUCCCAGGAUAUGUGACUAUGAGCAUGUGCAGAAAGUAUAAUAAUCCUUCCCAUUGCUUUGGUAAAGAGUCAGAAGCUAUGUGUGAAAUUUUCAGUCAGCAGCUAAACAGCCAGGGCUGUUUCUCUCAGCAAGUAAACACCAAGGUCUUCCAGAUGAAGAGACAAGGGUAUAAAAUGGAACUUGAAGUGGAGGCCAAAAUCCGAGAAGAAGGAACAGAGGUGGAAUUAACCGGAAGAGGGUCCAGUGAAAUAACGAGAACUAUAACCAAACUCUCAUUCGUGAAAGUGGACCCACACUUUAGACGAGGGAUCCCCUUCUUUGGGCAGGUGCGCCUAGUAGAUGGGAAAGGUGUCCCCAUGCCAAAUAAACUUAUCUACAUCACAGCAAGUGAAGCAAACUACGAUUCCAAUGCUACUACCGAUGAGCAUGGCCUGGUGCAGUUCUCCAUCAACACCACCACCGUCACGGACACCUCCCUCAACAUUAGAGUCAAACACAAGGAUAAUAGUAGAUGUCAUAGCUACGAAUGGCUGUCAGAAGAAAAUGAAGAAAUUUAUCACACUGCUAAUCAUGUAUUCUCCCCAAGCAAGAGCUUUGUCCACCUUGAGCCCAUGCCUCGUGAACUGCCCUGCGGCCAAACUCAGACAGUCCGAGUCCAUUAUGUUCUGAAUGGACAGGUCCUGCAGGAGCUGAAGGAGCUCAAGUUCUAUUACCUGAUAAUGGCAAAGGGAGGCAUUGUCCAAACGGGGACUCAUGUACUGCCUUUGGAGCAGGGAGACAUGAAAGGCCAUUUUUCGGUGUCAGUCCCUGUGGAGUCAGACAUUGCUCCUAUUGCUCGAUUGCUCAUCUAUGCCAUUUUACCUGAUGGAGAAGUGGUUGGAGAUUCUGCAAAAUAUGACGUUGAAAAUUGUCUGGCCCACAAGGUAGAUUUGAGCUUCAGCCCAGCACAAAGUCUUCCCGCCUCACCUGCCCACCUGCGAGUCACAGCUUCUCCUCAAUCCCUCUGUGCCCUCCGUGCAGUGGACCAAAGUGUGCUGCUCAUGAAGCCCGAGGCAGAGCUCUCCCCGGCCUCGGUUUAUAACCUGCUACCAGUAAAGGACCUCACUGGUUUCCCUGAGAGUUUGAAUCAACAGGAGGAAGACAACAGAGACUGUGUCCAACACAAUGUCAAUAUCGAUGGAAUCAUCUAUUCCCCAGUAUCAAAUACAAAUGAAAAAGAUAUGUACAGCUUCCUACAGGAUAUGGGCUUAAAGGUAUUCACCAACUCAAAGAUUCAUAAACCCAAAGUAUGUCCACAGCAUGAAGUCUAUUUAAAGAUGCAUUCUCCAAGACUAUUAGCUUUUUCAGAAGUAAGUGGAUUCGACUCCAGUUCUAAUUUUAUACUACAUGCUUCAGAGCCUCUCACAGAGACUGUGCGAAAGUACUUCCCUGAGACGUGGAUCUGGGACUUAGUGGUAGUAGACUCAUCAGGUGUGGCUGAAGUAGGAGUAACAGUCCCUGAUACCAUCACUGAGUGGAAGGCAGGGGCCCUCUGCUUGUCCAAUGACACUGGACUUGGGCUCUCUCUUCCUGCCACUCUUCGAGCUUUCCAGCCCUUCUUUGUAGAGCUCACACUGCCCUACUCUGUGAUCCGCGGAGAGACCUUCACACUCAAGGCUACUGUCCGAAACUACCUUCCCAAAUGCAUCCGGGUCAGUGUGCAGCUAGAAGCCUCUCCUGCAUUCCUAGCUGUCCCAGGGAAGAAGGAACAAGAGUCUCACUGCAUCUGUGGGAAUGGCCAACAAACCGUGUCCUGGGCAGUAACCCCAAAGUCAUUAGGGAAUGUGAAUUUCACCGUGAGCGCAGAGGCACUGGAGUCUCAAGAACUGUGUGGGAAUGAGAUGGCUGUGGUCCCUUCAUAUGGAAAGAAAGACACAAUCAUCAAGCCACUUUUGGUUGAACCUGAAGGACUGGAGAAGGAAGCAACAUUCAACUCCCUGCUUUGUCCAUCAGGUGCUGAGGUACCCGAACAAUUAUCUCUGAAGCUGCCACCAAAUGUGGUAGAAGGAUCUGCCCGAGCCUCCUUCUCAGUUUUAGGAGACAUAUUAGGCUCUGCCAUGCGAAACACACAAAAUCUCCUCCAGAUGCCCUACGGCUGUGGAGAACAGAACAUGGUCCUCUUUGCUCCUAACAUCUAUGUUCUGGAUUAUCUAAAAGAAACACAGCAAUUGACUCCAGAGGUCAAGUCCAAGGCCAUUGGCUACCUCAACACUGGUUACCAGAGACAGCUAACCUACAGGCACUAUGAUGGCUCCUAUAGCACCUUUGGAGAACAACACGGCAGAAGUGAAGGCAAUACUUGGCUCACUGCCUUUGUACUGAAGACUUUUGCCCAGGCUCGAACUUACAUCUUCAUUGAUGAAGCACACAUUACCGAAGCCCUCACCUGGCUCUCCCAAAAUCAGAGGGACAAUGGCUGUUUCAGAAGUUCUGGGUCACUGCUCAACAAUGCCAUUAAGGGAGGAGUAGAAGAUGAAGAGACCCUCUCUGCCUAUAUUACCAUAGCCCUUCUGGAGAUUCCUCUUCCCAUCACGCACCCUGUUGUCCGCAGUGCCAUAUUCUGCCUGGAGUCAGCCUGGAAGUCAGCAAAGGAAGGACCCGAUGGAAGCCAUGUCUACACCAAGGCACUGUUGGCCUAUGCUUUUGCCCUGGCAGGUAACCAGGAAAAAAGGAGAGAAGUACUCCAAUCACUUAAUGAGGAAGCAGUGAAGGAAGAUAAUUCCGUCCACUGGACGCGGCCUCAGAAACCCAAGGCACCAGUGAAACAUUUUUACCAAACCCCGGCUCCCUCUGCUGAGGUGGAGAUGACGUCCUAUGUACUCCUGGCUCACCUGACAGCCCAGCCUGCCCCGACCUCAGAGGAGCUGCUAUCUGCAUCGCACAUUGUGAAGUGGAUCACAAAGCAACAGAAUUCCCAAGGGGGCUUCUCUUCCACCCAGGAUACAGUGGUGGCUCUCCAUGCUUUGUCCAAAUAUGGAGCAGCCACUUUCACCACCACUGGGAAAGCUGCACACGUGACCAUCCAAUCUUCAGGGACGUUUUCCACAAAUUUCCAAGUAGACAACAACAAUCGCCUGCUACUCCAGCAGAUUUCAUUGCCAAAGGUGCCUGGAGAAUACAGCACGACAGUGACAGGAGAAGGAUGUGUCUACCUCCAGACAUCCUUGAAAUACAAUGUUCUCCCAGAAAAGGAAGCAUUCCCAUUUGCUUUGAACGUGCAGACUCUGCCCCAAACUUGUGAUGAACCCAAAGCCCACACCAGCUUCCAGAUCUCAUUGAAUGUCAGUUACACUGGCAGCCGCCCUGCCUCCAAUAUGGCGAUUGUUGAUGUGAAGAUGGUAUCUGGCUUCAUUCCUCUGAAACCAACAGUGAAAAUGCUUGAAAGAUCUAAUGAUGUGAGCCGAACAGAAGUCAGCAACAACCAUGUUUUGAUUUACCUGGAUAAGAUGACAAAUCAGACACUGAGCUUGUCCUUCAUGGUUCUACAAGAUAUCCCAGUAAGAGAUCUGAAAUCAGCCAUAGUGAAAGUCUAUGAUUACUACGAGACAGAUGAGUUUGCGAUUGCUGAGUACAAUGCUCCUUGUAGCAAAGAUCAUGGAAAUGUUUGAAGAUCAUGUCAUUGAAAACUGCUCUGCUGGAGUCCCUGUUCCAUAGACUCCGAUCUCCAUGGAGAAAACAAAAGAGUUUUUGUAUCUCUAAAGCCUUAAUGAAUAAACCAUUUUUUCUAGUCAA